AUGCUCGACUCCAGGAAGUUCUUAAUCGUUGUCACGGCUGGUGGCAAGACCAACGCAUCUCCUAUCUUCGAGAUCGCCCAGAUAUUGAACACAAGGGGCCAUAAAAUCGAAUUCGCAACGCUAGACGGGCAGCAGGACUGGGCACGAGAGUACCCCUUUGUCUCCCAGGUCUACGUUCUUGGACCAGGCCAGACCUCAGAAGCGGAGGAGCAGGCGUAUCUGCAAAUGUCGAGGUGGAAACUAGGCCUACGACACAGCUUCGAACCGAUCAUGGAAACGAGAAAGUGCCUUGAAUCAAGCUGGGGAACUGUCUACCCAGCUCUCUCGCAACUGGUUCAGGAUCCCGUCUCCCGUCCCAAUUUCAUCCUUGCCGACUACCUGGUCGAUGCGGCUCGCGAUAUGCAGAUCGAGCACGAUAUCCCCAUUGCCAUGCAUUGGCCACAGAUGCCUACCAAUAUGCUCCCGGCCAGCUAUAUUCCAGGAGCAACCGGGCUGCAGAUUGGAGUGCUGACGUCGGAGCACGCGACAGUCUGGCAGCGUCUACAAAACUACCUGUUGGCCUUCCGAGCCCUGCCCCCUUACCUACGCUAUCGGUCGUGGGUGCGUGAUCUACGCGCGAGGCACGGGGUCCGACGACCACUGGUUGCAAAAAGCAAGCCCGAUUAUCUGCUGCUGGUCAACUCGUUCUUCGGGCUAGAACCGGCCAGGGAUCUGCCUCCCAACGUGGCGGCCAUAGGUCCAGUGUUAGCGGAUACAUAUCCCGGCCUGACGCCCGAGCUCGAAUCCUUUGUCGAACACCGCAAGCGCAUCCUCUACAUUUCUCUCGGGACUCACGCGCUGCUCCUGGACGCCAUUCUCCAACGGAUCCUCCACGGCGCCCUUUUGGCUUUGCACGACGGGAAGGCCAUUGACGGAGUAGUCUGGUCGAUCCGAGGCAUGGCACUGAAACAGUUCAACCUCGCGGCGAGGGUGCCUGGCCCUCAUCUGGCGGCCACAGCCAACCCUCUCUGCAUUAAAGAUCUUGUCUCGGGAGUUGAUAGCAUUCCCAUUCUCUUCGCCCCAUUCGUCCCGCAGCGCGCUCUCCUCGCCCAUCCCAAGGUGUCCAUCUUCCUCACCCACGCCGGCGCAUCAAGCACCAACGAGGCAGCCUACCAUGGCGUCCGCACAAUCACGAUCGGCAUAUACUUUGACCAGCUCACCAACGCGAUGAAACUUCGCGACGCGGGGGUCUCCAUCCCGCUGGACCGGGAUACAUUCACCCCGGCGGAUCUGUGCCGAGCGAUCGAUGCCCUCGUCGCGGACGUCUCGGGCACGUUCGCGGCCAACUGCGAGCGGGUGCAACGAAUUGCGCGGAUUGCGUCCAGGAGGAAGUGGCUGGCUGCGGACCUCAUCGAGGAAGCGCUGGCUGAUUCUGAGGGACGGAGGAAGCUGGGAGGCGCCGACGCGCGGCGUGGGAUGCAUCUGCAGACGGCGGAUAUGCGCAUGCCCUUUUGGAAGGUGCACAACUUGGAUCUAUGGGGGAUUGCAGCGGGAUGUGUGGUCGCCGGCUUGGGAGUACUAGUCUGUGUUUCGAUUGCUCUCGGUAUUGCCUUGACAUGA